AUAUCAUGCUGCUGAAAUUUCACCAAGAGGGGAAAAGAGAGAGCGCGUGAGAGAGAGACAGCAAAGCAGUCCCAGGCUUCCUCGUCUCUUUCACGUCAGAGGCAGGAACCGACUGUGCUAAGGCUGUUGGCUCAACACGCAGAGACGGAGAAAGGCACAGACACAGAGAGUGAGAGAAGAGGGGUCCUCCCUGACCCAAGGAAUUACCACUAGUGGAGUAAAGCCACCUGACUUUUUGAUCUUAUUUUGGUUGCCUCCUCUUUCUCCUUCCACUCUAGCCCUGCCAGCUGGGGUUUCAUUUCUUUCAUAGAGCCUCCUCACUUCCUCCCAGAAAAGGAGGAAGGGAACAGAAGAGAGAGGUGGGUUCUCUAGGUGAGUGCAUCAGCUGGCUCCAGCCUGAACAGACAAGAAUUCUCUUCGCAGGAAGCUCCUCUCGUUCCCCUGCCGCCCACCCCCAGCCCCGGUGGUCAUAUCACCGUAACUGGACAGAGGCCAGGUCCAUUUUGGCGGCAGGAUUAAAGAACGUGGGGGAAAGAGAAAACAUCAAAGACACCAUCACUAAAGAUUCCCGCAACUCCAUGCUGUGUGCUGCAGGCUGGUCUUGAACCUGGAGCUCUUGCUGAGAGAAUGGGGGCAGACGGGGAAACAGUAGUCCUGAAGAACAUGCUCAUUGGUGUCAACCUGAUCCUUCUGGGCUCCUUGCUCAAGCCAACAGAGUGUCAGCUGGAGGUCACCACGGAAAGGGUCCAGAGACAGGCAGUGGUGGAGGAAGGAGGUGGUGCCAACUACAACACAUCGGGCAAAGAGCAGCCUGUGGUCUUCAACCACGUGUACAACAUUAACGUGCCCCUGGACAGCCUCUGCUCCUCGAGGCUGGAGGCCUCGGCCGAGCAGGAGGUGAGUGCCGAAGACGAGGCGCUGGCAGAGUACACGGGCCACACCUCAGACCACGAGAGCCAGGUCACCUUCACCCACAGGAUCAACCUCCCCAAAAAGGCCUGCCCGUGUGCCAGCUCCGCCCAGGUGCUGCAGGAGCUGCUGAGCCGGAUUGAGAUGCUGGAGAGGGAGGUGUCGCUGCUGCGGGACCAAUGCGACAGCAACUGUUGCCAAGGAAGUGCUGCCACAGGACAACUGGACUAUAUCCCUCACUGCAGUGGCCACGGCAACUUUAGCCUCGAGUCCUGUGGCUGCAUCUGCCAUGAAGGCUGGUUUGGCAAGAACUGCUCAGAGCCCUACUGCCCCCUGGGUUGCUCCAGUCGGGGCGUGUGUGUGGAUGGCCAGUGCAUCUGUGACAGCGAAUACAGUGGGGAUGACUGCUCCGAACUCCGGUGCCCGGCAGACUGCAGCUCCCGGGGGCUCUGUGUGGACGGGGAGUGUGUCUGUGAAGAGGCCUACACAGGCGAGGACUGCAGCGAGCUGAGGUGCCCUGGGGACUGUUCGGGGAAGGGGAGAUGUGCCAAUGGUACCUGCUUAUGCCAGGAGGGCUACGUCGGUGAGGACUGUGGCCAGCGGAGAUGUCCGAACGCCUGCAGUGGGCGAGGAGACUGCCAGGAGGGCCUGUGCGUCUGUGAAGAGGGCUACCAGGGCCCUGACUGCUCGGCAGUUGCCCCUCCAGAGGACUUGCGAGUGGCUGGUAUCAGCGACAGGUCCAUUGAGCUGGAAUGGGACGGGCCGAUGGCAGUGACGGAAUAUGUGAUCUCUUACCAGCCGACGGCCCUGGGGGGCCUCCAGCUCCAGCAGCGGGUGCCUGGAGAUUGGAGUGGUGUCACCAUCACGGAGCUGGAGCCAGGUCUCACCUACAACAUCAGCGUCUACGCUGUCAUUAGCAACAUCCUCAGCCUUCCCAUCACUGCCAAGGUGGCCACCCAUCUCUCCACUCCUCAAGGGCUGCGAUUCAAGACGAUCACAGAGACUACCGUGGAGGUGCAGUGGGAGCCCUUCUCAUUCUCCUUUGAUGGGUGGGAGAUCAGCUUCAUUCCAAAGAACAAUGAAGGAGGAGUGAUUGCCCAGCUCCCCAGUGAUGUUACAUCCUUCAACCAGACAGGACUAAAGCCUGGGGAGGAAUACAUUGUCAACGUGGUGGCUCUGAAAGAGCAAGCCCGGAGCCUUCCUACCUCGGCCAGCGUCUCUACUGUCAUUGAUGGGCCCACGCAGAUCCUGGUUCGUGAUGUCUCCGACACUGUGGCCUUCGUGGAGUGGACGCCCCCUCGAGCCAAAGUUGACUUCAUUCUCUUGAAGUAUGGCUUGGUGGGCGGGGAAGGCGGGAAGACCACCUUCCGGCUGCAGCCUCCCCUGAGCCAAUACUCAGUGCAGGCCCUGCGGCCCGGCUCCCGGUACGAGGUGUGGGUCAGCGCAGUCCGCGGGACCAACGAGAGCGAGUCCACGACCACCCAGUUUACAACAGAGAUCGACGCCCCCAAGAACCUGCGGGUUGGUUCCCGCACGGCAACCAGCCUUGACCUUGAAUGGGACAACAGCGAAGCAGAGGUUCAGGGGUACAAGGUUGUGUACAGCACCCUGGCAGGCGAGCAGUACCACGAGCUGCUGGUUCCCAAGAGCAUCGGCCCAACCUCCAGAGCCACCCUCACAGAUCUGGUACCUGGCACUGAGUAUGGAGUUGGAAUAUCUGCCGUCAUGAACUCACAGCAAAGUGUGCCAGCCACCAUGAACGCCAGGACUGAACUUGACAGUCCCCGAGACCUCAUGGUGACAGCCUCUUCGGAGACCUCCAUCUCCCUCAUCUGGACUAAGGCCAGUGGCCCCAUUGACCACUACCGAAUUACCUUUACUCCAUCCUCUGGAAUUGCCUCAGAAGUCACUGUGCCCAAGGACAUGACCUCGUACACACUGACAGAUCUAGAACCUGGGGCAGAGUACAUCAUUUCAAUCACUGCUGAGAGGGGUCGGCAGCAGAGCUUGGAGUCCACCGUGGAUGCCUUCACAGGCUUCCGCCCCAUCUCCCAUUUGCACUUUUCUCAUGUCACCUCCUCCAGUGUGAACAUCACCUGGAGUGACCCAUCUCCGCCAGCAGACAGACUCAUUCUGAACUACAACCCCCGGGAUGAAGAGGAAGAGAUGAUGGAGGUCUCCCUGGAUGCCACCAAGAGGCAUGCUGUUCUGAUGGGCCUACAACCAGCCACUGAGUACAUUGUGAACCUGGUGGCAGUACAUGGCACGGUGACCUCUGAACCCAUCGUGGGCUCCAUCACCACAGGAAUUGAUCCCCCCAAAGACAUCACAAUCAGCAAUGUGACCAAGGACUCAGUUAUGGUCUCCUGGAGCCCUCCUGUUGCAUCUUUUGAUUACUACCGAGUAUCAUAUCGGCCAACACAAGUGGGACGGCUGGACAGCUCCGUGGUGCCCAACACUGUGACAGAAUUCACCAUCACCAAGCUGUACCCAGCUACCGAAUACGAAAUCAGCCUCAACAGUGUGCGGGGCCGGGAGGAGAGUGAGCGCAUCUGCACUCUCGUGCACACAGCCAUGGACAACCCUGUGGAUCUGAUUGCUACCAAUAUCACUCCAACGGAAGCCCUGCUGCAGUGGAAGGCGCCAGUGGGUGAAGUGGAGAACUAUGUCAUCGUUCUCACCCACUUUGCAGUUGCUGGAGAGACCAUCCUGGUUGAUGGAGGCAGUGAGGAAUUCCAGCUUGUUGACCUGCUUCCUAGUACCCACUAUACCGUCACUUUGUAUGCCACCAAUGGGCCUCUCACCAGUGGCACCAUCAGCACCAACUUCUCUACCCUCCUGGACCCUCCUGCAAACCUAACAGCCAGUGAAGUCACCAGACAAAGUGCCCUGAUCUCCUGGCAGCCUCCCAGAGCAGACAUUGAAAACUACGUCUUGACCUACAGAUCCACCGAUGGAAGCCGCAAGGAGCUGAUUGUGGAUGCAGAGGACACAUGGAUCCGACUGGAGGGCCUGUCAGAGAGCACAGACUACACAGUGCUCCUGCAGGCAGCCCAGGACGCCACGCGGAGCAGCAUCACCUCCACAGCCUUCACCACAGGGGGCCGGAUAUUCCCGCAUCCUCAAGACUGUGCCCAGCAUUUGAUGAAUGGAGACACUCUGAGUGGGGUUUACACCAUCUUCCUCAAUGGAGAGCUAAGCCAGAAGUUACAGGUUUACUGUGACAUGACCACGGACGGGGGUGGCUGGAUUGUAUUCCAGAGGCGGCAGAAUGGCCAAACUGAUUUUUUCCGGAAAUGGGCUGAGUACCGUGUUGGCUUCGGGAACCUGGAGGAUGAGUUUUGGCUGGGGCUGGACAACAUACACAGGAUCACGUCGCAGGGCCGCUACGAGCUGCGCGUGGACAUGCGGGAUGGCCAGGAGGCCGCCUUCGCCUACUACGACAAGUUCUCCGUGGAGGACAGCAGAAGCCUGUACAAACUCCGCAUAGGAGGCUACAAUGGCACUGCAGGGGACUCCCUCAGCUACCAUCAAGGACGCCCUUUUUCCACAGAGGACAGAGACAAUGAUGUUGCAGUUACCAACUGCGCCAUGUCAUACAAGGGGGCUUGGUGGUAUAAGAACUGCCACCGGACCAACCUCAAUGGGAAAUAUGGGGAAUCCAGGCACAGUCAGGGGAUCAACUGGUACCAUUGGAAAGGCCACGAGUUCUCCAUCCCCUUUGUGGAAAUGAAGAUGCGCCCCUACAACCACCGUCUCACGGCGGGGAGGAAACGGCGGUCCUUGCAGUUCUGAGUAGUGGGCGGCUGCAAGCCAACUGACCUUUUCUGUCAUUUGUUUGUAUUUUAUAAUAUGAAACAAAGGGUGGGGGGUAAUAGUAAUGUGCUUUGCAACAUAAUAAGAGUGUUUAAAGGAAGCAGGAUGUAGCAGGAAAUCAGUUGAGGUUCAGCGGCUCAUGGUUUCUGCUGCCCCCGGCCCUGACCCUCGGUCUCCAUUCUCCCUUCUGCCCAGUCAUCCUUAAACUUCCCCUCUUCCCACCAAGGAUGAAAGUGGGAAGUUUUCUUGAAAUCCAAAUUCAAAGGCAAGUGCUGGAGUCAGAUUGUCAUGGUGGCAGGCACGUGCCUUCUUUCCUUGCCCUCCUUCUGAGAUGCCCUCCACAUCCAGGUGUUCGUGCUCUUGUCACUGCCUUUGAUGGCCAGGUUCUCACACUGACACAGAGAAGAAGCCUCAGCAAGAGAGCUUUGCCAACAACUCCCCUUAAGAGGAAACAGAUUAUCCUCACCCCAACCCAACAAGCCAAGUCCUCUUACAUGGGCCAAAGAUUCUCAUCGUCUGACACUCUUACCAGCCGAGUGUCCUCUGUUACCUUUCAAGAGUACUGGCCUCUUUUCCAGCCCCAAUAGACCUGUGCCUACUUGCAUCCUACCCUGAGACUCCCACGGCCCCACAAGCCCAAGCUCUGCUUUGGCCUCUAGUUCCCAAGGCAUUCGUUGCCCGUGCCUGGCCCUGGGCUACACAGUGGCUGUGUCCCUGUGGGUCAUAAAUCACUGCCCCCUCCCUCAGGUCAGACAGCAACUUUCUUGGGGGAUGGGAGGGGAAGAUGGUUGUGAGUUUUAGCACUUUCGGUCAGGCAUUGAGGAAAGGACAGCAGAAGUGGAAACCAGGGCACCUGCCAUUGAGAUGGCAGGUCCCAUGGGGAACACGGAUUUUACCUAACUCCAUUUUCUCUAUUUCUGGUCCUAUUUGUCAUGGGUUGUUUUUUUCUGAAUUACAGACUGAAGGCCUCGUUUCUGUCUCAGCCAGGCUCUCUUUAGUGUGGCUGGCUUAAUAAGCGUCAGAAGAAGAAGUUAUAUGACCAGCCAGCCAAUCCCCUUACUGACAUUCCCUGGGAAGAGGUGGGAUUUGGGGGUUUUGGUUUUUGGAUUUUUUUCUGUUUUUUGCUUCUGUGGGAAACAGGAAUGACCUCCUUAAUGAGGUGAGAUCAUGAGAAGCCUUUCUCCACCUUCUUUUAUUAUUCUGCGUUUGAGAGGAAAAAUGAAAAAUACUGGAGGAAAUUACAUUUAGAAAUCCAAAGGUGAAGAGUGGCAGACUGUGGGCAUCCCUCCAUCUUAUGAGAUGAGCUCUCUUCACUAGCAUGAUUUGGUUGUUAAGCCCAAGAGAGCUGGAGGCUCUAGAAGCCAUGGCCCUUCAACUUCUCCAAAUCACGUUGGCUGCAGCUGUCUCUGCAGCUCUGCCGAAAUCCAUGCCCAGUUCCCCCAGCCGCCUUCUCCCUUUCCUCCCGUUCUCUUCAAAGCCCCAGGUCUGCUUCUAUAAUGCCUGUGUUUAGUCAAACUGGGGCAUCUUGUAGCUUUCCCAAGCAGUUACUGGAUGAGCCUGUGAGCAGGCACCUUUCUAAUGGAAACAUCCACAAUCUAACCAAGUUCUGAUAACCAGGAAGGGGCGGUCCCUGGGUGGACGAUCACACUUCUGAUGUGAUGAGGAUGAAGUCAGCUGCCAGUUGCUGUAGCCACUCUCCCUGUAGCAGGCCUCCAGGGCCUUGUUCACUGGUGUGGUGUGGAUGUGACUGACAAACCCGGUGCUGAAAAUGGAGGUGACAUUUUCACUUCUCAAUUCACCGUGGGCUUCAAGAAAACUAGGAGAAAGAGAAAGAAACAGAAACGAUCCUUUCAAGAAACCUUAAAUUAAGUAAGAUUCAGCUAGAGAGUGGGACGCCAGUGAACAGUGGGAAACAACUGAGUGAGGAGGAACUUGGGGGCUGAGCUGUAGGCCCACCACUGCCAUUUUGUUGGCUAUGUGACAUCGGGGAGGUUGCUUCACUUCUCUGGGCCUCAGUUUCCUAACCUGCUGAAUGAAAGCUUAGACUACAAUGGCUUCUAACUUCCCUUUCAGUUUUGACAGCCAGUAAUGCUAGUCUCUGAGCUGGAGAUCUGCAUAGAAAUUGGCAUUGCUGAGAGAGCACAAUUAACUAAUGAGAACUAACCAGAAUCCUUGCUUUACUUGAAUGAAAGGAAGGAAGGAAGGAAGGAAAGAAGAAGGGAAGGAAGGAAGGAAGACUGACUUAGAAGUUGCAAGUAAAACACACACACAGAGGACAAAACAUUGCAGAAAAGACCCUGCCAAGUAAGAGGCUGAACUCACUUUGUCCAUGAAAGCAGAGCCCAGGGACCUGGGUGGUGCCAGCACGGCCCACCUCAUCAAGGGCACCGAAACAGGAAAAGAUUAUGAGUCCUCAUGUCGUCAGUUCAGGUAAAAGUGGAAACCAAAACCUGCCUUUUCUUGGAACCGUUUUACCCUAUGGAACAUUUUUAUAAAUAGUAUCGGCAGCAUUGCCUAGAUUUAUUUUAAAGAAUUUUAAAGCAGGAAAGGGACUUCAAAGAUUACUACACCCAAGCUUCUAUAAAAAGAUUUAUAAAUUCCUUUUAUUAAGUACAGUGAUUUUCUCACAAGCUUUCACCAUGUUUAAGAGACACUGUGCCCAUUAUCUCCCCAAGGCCCAUAGUCAACUUGACUCAGAGCUUUGACACUUUACUCACUGAUUACUGUUUAUCCUGUUCCUCCAAGCACAUGGGCUCUUCCCAUGGGGGACCCAGUAAGCAAUAUUCACAAAGCACUCACCCUGAGCACACCAAAGUUUCCCUCCAGGGUCUCAAAAGGAAUGGAAGAGAACCCUGCUCAGAGGCAGAUUAACGGCAGACACAUCAGGAUAUGUACUUACAAACACAAAAAACCUCUACCCAGGACUGCCCUGGACUCACUGCCUAGACCCAAGACCCAGACAGUUUCUUCUUUUUGCAUUUCCCCAUCAGACAAAGAUAGUUUCCAACACUGUCCACUCACAUUCUCCAGGGUUAUUUCUGGAAGGUGAGAGGGCGGGCUGGAGAGACACGAAGUCUGUGGAAAACUCCUGCUGGCCUUUAGACCAGAUUUCACUGGAGGAGGGAGACUUGGUAAGUGUGACCAUGAGGUGGCGAUCACAGCCCCCAGCCACCUCCUGAUCAUGGGGUGGAGGACAGCAAGUCCCUCCAGGUUUCCAGGAGAACUCAUACCAAACCAGGACCCAGGAAAACUGGCCAACUGAUUUGCACAGGAGAUUGAUUUGUAAAAGGACAACAACAACAAAAAUGGCAGCAAGAAUGCAGAGCAAACUUCCACAAAUACAGUCAUGUGUCGCUUAAUGACGAGGAUACAUUCUGAGAAAUGCACCGUUAGGCAAUUCUGUUGUUGUAUGAACAUCACAGAGUGUCCUUACACAAACCUGGAAGGUAUAGCCUACUACACACCUAUACGUGUAGUACUAAUGGUACUAAUCUAUGGGACCGCUGUCGUAUAUGUGGUCCAUCGUUGACCGAAAUGUCCUUAUGCAGUGCAUGACUGUAAUGACCAUAGUCACAUCCACCCCACCCUUCACUUCCCAGCUCCCCCACUCCACUACUCAUAAAGUGGUAGGACACCUCACACUCUGUCCCCUUCCACCUGGGAACCAACCAGCUCCCUCUACACUGAAACUGUUACUUCCAAGACAAACCUGAAGAACCAAGGUUGCCGAUGAGUUCAAUACCAAACCAAACACACUUAAUCACAUUUAGACUUACAAUCCAGUCCCAGAGCAGAGCUGUGGAUUAAGGGACAAAAAGUCAUUAUGGAAUCUUUUCUAAGAACUCUUAAAAACAUCAGUUGGGAAAGGGCUUCAGUUCCUCUUUGUCUUCUGGAACCUAUGAGAACAGUGGCUGCACCAAGCUGAAAGGGUUGAAAUAGACUAACUGGUGGCCAAGAUUUGUAAAUACUCCUGGGGAGUGAAAACAUUUUUCCUUUUUUUUAACCUCUCCUCAGAAUUUCAGGAAAGGUGGAGCCACUCACUCAGGAUAUGUACUUUUCUACAGCUUACUUUCUUAUCACCAGCCUCCUCUUUAACCUAAGUCCUGACUUGCAUUUCUUUCCCUCCAAAGGGGUCACUCCACUUGCAUCUCACUAGCCACUCUUAAAACUUUAAUAAGGAAGCUUGGAAAGAUUCACACUUCAGUUGAGUUUCACUAAGCCCACAGAGGGUGGGGUAAUUUGUUUUCACUUGCCUCAAACUUGCCAAGGCUACAAGAAGGGGGCCUUGGGACCUCCGAGGCCUGGGGGAUGUCUGUAAAGUUUGGAAGUCUGCCUCUUGCACAAAGAUCCAGACCCCAGGAGCUUCUGACUCAGCUCUGUCUAACCUUCCUGGGAUUUUCCUCCAGGUCACAAUGACAGAGACGUUCUAUGCCCUGAGGGAAGAUGAGUCACAGGGCUGGCUUCUGGAUUGUGCCUGUAGCCUUUCUCUGGCUGCACAUCAGGGGCCUUUGGCCAAGAUCCUGAAGAUCUUUGACUAAAUGCUUCCCUAAACCCCAUAACCCAACCCCACAUGGAUGUGAUAAGGUCUCCCUCAGCAGUACUGGAGCAUUUUGGCAGCAGCAGGCCAAAGAGAAGUCAAGACCAAAUGAAAACCUCCAAAAGCGGGUAGGGAAAAGACUCUAGUAUACUUUACCAGGGUGUGUAGGUGUGGACUCAGGUCCAGUUGGAAAGAGUGGCUCCGGCUCAUCCUAGCUGUACCCACACUAGACUUGCUUAUGUCCCUUUUGUGUUCUUCAAGCUUUGCAAAACAGCUGGGAAGAAGAAAAAACAAAAUACAAAAUAAUAUAAAAAAGAAGACAACGGAUCAGUAGAGACUAAAAGCAAACCUUCUACAGAUGGCUCCACAGUAGAUGUGCAGAGACCAGGUGGGCAGCGCCCGGGGAAAGGGUCCACAUUAGUUCCUUGAAUUCAGCCUUCCACCAGGACUCCUGUCCGUUCACCGCCUUCACCUGAGGAGAAACUAAGGCAUGAGAGGCCUGUCACAGCACAGGAAAUGGGAAUGGGAAGCCGAAGGGCUUUCUGUGCUUGCUCAACCGGUCCUGCAUGGACCUCGCUUUUUCUUCACAAACAGUCACAAGCCUGACUUGUCAUCUCCAGCAUUUCUGAUUAAUUUUUCAAGGUCACCCCUUGCCUGAAGCAUGACUUCAUUGCACCUGCAGCACUCCCUUGUCCAAAUGUCCCUGGCAAACCUCACAGUCUUUGGACAGUGUUGCAUUUUCUCCAAACGGGAAAUCCUCCCUCCUUCCCCAAGCUUAAUGAGGCUACUGAAGAGCAUCCAAAUAACACAGCUCUUAUUCCUCCAACAAACUCUGCCCCUCUGUUAACUUAAUAAAACAGCUCUUCAUUGUCUGGCUGUGAGGCUGGGCUGAUGCUGAAUUUCCAGUUCAGAGACAUGUAACUCUUUCAGUCCCCCUGGAUCAGCAAUCCCAGGCACUGGCCUUGGCUCAUUGGCAUCAUGGGCUCAGGGGAGGCAGCGCAAGCAACCCCGGAGGCCUGGAACACACAAGCCACAAGAGAGGGUUUGGGUCCAGGUGCACGGCCAGGAGGUAAACGCAUGGAUGAGAGCUACUGUUUUCUUCCCAUCACUGGGUUAGCAGCCCCCAGGGAGACCCUGUGUUGCUUUUAACUUCCUGUCAUUGAACACUAGUAUGCUCAACACUGCCUCCAAAAGGCCAACAUUGGAAACACACCUGCAGAGAUGGAAGGGACUCUGGGGAUCAUCUAACCCAACCCUCUUAUUUCAUAAUCAAGGAAACUGAGGCCCAGAAAGGUUAGGUAACUUGCCCAAGUUCACACAGCUAAUUAGUAACAGAACUGACAUCAGAUCUGGCAUAGGCUUUUUAAUUUUCUCUCCCCAAAUGAAAACUAAGAGAAAUGGUAUUUAUUGCACAUCUACUAUUUUCCAGAUAUUGUACUAGGAGCUUUACGUAUAUUUCUUUGUUAAAUCCACACCACAACCCUGACUCAAGUUUAACCAUUUUACUGGUAAGAGACUGGAGGCACAGAAAGGUUAGGUAAUAUGUCCAAAGUCACACAGCUACUAAGUAGAGCCAUAAUCAGAAGCUCUUUGUCUAAUUCUAAAGCCCUUGCCUUUUCUACUUCAUGAGGCUUCUGCCCUUUAUAUUUAUUUAGCCAAGUGGCCGCCAUCUUGGAUUAUGCUAAUGUUCUCCCAAAGAGCCUUCUGAUGCCACUUCUCUCCUCUCCAAAGAAAAGGGAGUUCUUGCAUAGUUUUUGCCACAUACUCCAAGGGAUCUUCAACCUUAUCGUCAGGAGUAAGAAACAUCUGGGCAGCUCUUUCCAUUCUUUUUUUCUUAAAUUUGGGAGGUGAAGAAAAGGAUCCAUUGCAGGUUGGGAGGGGAAGAUAAAGACCAAGACACAAACACUAUUUCCCCCACCCCGCUCCUUUGGAAAUACGGUGGCCUCUUUCUCACCCAACAGUAGAAGAGUGGAAUAUUCCAGAUACAUUCUUCUCAAACUGGGGCAGACAAUGUAGCCAGGAUUGAGGAGAGGGAAGCCGGAGAAUAAACAUGGCAUAUGUCACUCUUACUCCAGAAUUUGGGAGGAAAAGGGUUGUAUUGUUAAUUAAUUCAAACCAAUACAGACGAUAUCAAAUGCAGAAAUCCCAUGAAUUUUUAGGCUGACUCAGCAGGUUGCACACAGAUUCGGGCUCCCUCCCUCUAGGAUCUCAGGGGUAUGAAGACCUUCCUGGUCCCCUACAGGGUUACAGCAGUGGAAAUUUGUGAGGACUAAGGCUAGAAGAAGACAGGAGGUAAAUUAAUUUUGUUUGUUCCCUGGUUUCUUUGCUCCUCUCCCUACCUGCUCCCCCCUCCUCAGUAAGUGGGGUCUCAGAGGACAGUUGGCUACAAUCUCAGCUCUCUUUGCCACUUUGGGAAGGUUAGAAGGAAAUCAGUACUUGGUAACUUGUAUUUUUAGCUGCUAGGCACAAACUCCAGAAAUGAACCCCUUUCUCUUAAUUGAACGACAUUUCUGUGUAAAGGAAUAGCUGUCCCCGAAAGAGAACGCUGCAUGUUACGGCCUCUCCCAUGCGGGGGCUGCUUGGGCAGCAGGGGCACCUAUGUGUUAGAUGUAGCAGACACUGUGAUUUCUGCAAAAAUGGCAGCCAAGAAAGUGUUCCCCUGUCAAGCCUCUGUCUCCACCUGCACCCUCUCUGAGGCCUAGACUCUCACCAUGGCCCACAGACUCAAGGUUCAGAAUCUAUGUGAGUUAUCGUUAACACACAGAUUCCUCCUUCCUGUCAUUCACACACGCACCCCUCAAAUUAUUCCAACCUCAAAUACGCUCCAGGCCCAUGGGAAUUCCCAGGUACCCUAAGAAAGUCACUGUGACUUUGAGGGAGAUGUUACCUGGGGCUUGGGCAGCUGAAACCCACCCUGGUGGUCUCUAGAUUGUUGUUCUGAGAAAUCAUAAACACCAAAUCCUCCAAUCCCUCCGAAUUUCUGUUUGUUGUUUUAACCUUUAACAGGCUUUUCAGGUAAAAAUAACAAAGACCAAUUUACUGACUUUUUAGCUACAACGUGCUUGGGAAAGCAUUUACUUAAAAGAAGGACUGGAAGGAAGAAAAAAGUAAGAAGAAAAUGGAGUACAUACUCUUCAGGUGAUGCACACUUUAAUGAACUAAAACAAAAAUACAAACGUGCAGAGGAAGAGAGAGGGCAAACCAACGUCCCCAUCCUUUCAUGGCGCUGUAGCUCGAAGACCGGAAUCUCCGCUUGUUAACCAUUGUUAACUAGUAUUUUUAGUCCUGAUUGCUUUUAGCCUCUGUAUAGUUCCUUUUUUAAACACAUUUUCUAUACGUUAAUAAAAGAUCCUGAAGGAACGGUA